CGGCGGCCCGGCGGCGGGAGCGAGGCGACCGCUGGGCCCGCGGCCAGUGACGGGCGGCCGGCCGAGGGGAGCCGGGGCGGGGCGGCGGCGGCCGGCGAGCGAGCGCGCGGGCGGCCUGGCCCCGCCCCGGUGACCUUCACGGCCCGGGCGGCGGGCGCAGGCCGGGCGGCGGCGGCGGCGGCGCGAUGUUCGUGCAGGAGGAGAAGAUCUUCGCGGGCAAGGUGCUGCGGCUGCACAUCUGCGCGUCCGACGGCGCCGAGUGGCUGGAGGAGGCGACCGAGGACACGGCGGUGGAGAAGCUCAAGGAGCGCUGCCUCAAGCACUGUGCCCAUGGGAGCUUGGAAGACCCCAAAAGUGUGACCCAUCACAAAUUGAUACAUGCUGCUUCGGAGAGGGUGCUGAGUGAUGCCAAAACAAUCUUGGAAGAGAACGUCCAAGACCAAGAUGUCUUGUUGUUGAUAAAGAAACGUGCUCCGACUCCACUUCCUAAGAUGGCUGACGUCUCGGCAGAAGAAAAGAAGAAACAAGAGCAGAAAGCCCCCGACAGGGAGGCCAUCUACCGAGCCACCGCCAGCGUGCCGCCCCACAACAUGGACCGGGCCGAGGUCCAGACCAACAUCAGAGACUUCCAGACAGAACUCCGGAAGAUCCUGGUGUCGCUCAUCGAGGUGGCGCAGAAGUUGUUGGCGCUGAACCCGGAUGCGGUUGAACUGUUUAAGAAGGCGAAUGCGAUGCUGGACGAGGAGGAGGAUGGCAGAGUGGACGAGGCUGCCCUGCGGCAGCUCACGGAGAUGGGCUUCCCGGAGACCAGGGCGGCCAAGGCCCUUCGGCUGAACCACAUGUCGGUACCUCAGGCCAUGGAGUGGCUGAUUGAGCACGCGGAAGACCCGACCGUUGACGCGCCUCUCCCAGGCCAGGCCUCGCCGGAAGGGGCACAGGCCGAGGCUGCCCCCGAGGCCUCCCCGGAGGCUGCUGGGACGAGCACAGGAGACGAAGAGCCCAGAGACGAGCUAACGGAGAUCUUCAAGAAGAUCCGGAGGAAAAGGGAGUUUCGGGCUGACGCUCGGGCGGUCAUUUCGCUGAUGGAGAUGGGCUUCGAUGAGAAGGAAGUGAUGGACGCCCUCCGGGUGAACAACAACCAGCAGAACGCCGCCUGCGAGUGGCUGCUGGGAGACCGGAAGCCGUCCCCCGAGGAGCUGGACAAGGGCAUCGACCCCGACAGCCCUCUCUUUCAAGCCAUUCUGGAUAACCCGGUGGUGCAGCUGGGCCUGACUAACCCGAAAACAUUACUAGAAGCAUGUGGGAUUUUCCGGACUUAAAGUAAGACUAACAGCCACAUGUCUGCGUUUUUAUCUGCCUUCGGCUUGGGUCGUGAUCUCAGGGUCCUGGGAGUCCCGCGUCGGGCGCUGUGCUUAGCGCGCAGUGUGCCUCUCCCUCUCCCGCCUGCCGCUCCGCCGGCUUCUGCUCUGACAGAUAAAUGAGAUCUUUAGAAAAAAUU